AUGUUUCUCCAAAAAGAGUUCCAGAGUGCUACAUUUUUGGCCAUGGAUGUGACCUGCCGAUAUGUGCCAUACUUGACAAAAGUGUCAGAGGCCCUGACGCAUCUUCAACCCCUUCAGGAAAUGAGGCAUUGCUUGUCUGUGAUGCAUGCCAAAGCCCACAAUACAAAAUGCGAGAUUCUGUGGACUGCAAGGAACCAGGAGGGCGCCGGCACCACUCUCGGUGAAGAAGUAGAGCAAGUGAAUAGUUUUCUCUCCAGAUGUGCCCUUACCACCAAGUAUAUUGCCAAGUCAGUAAGAACUGACAUGCUGACUGUCCAUGCUAUGGGGUGGAAUGAACGGAAAGAGAAUGGCCUCCAUAUAGCCUUGUCUUCUAGAUUCAAGAAGACAGUAGAGAAGACUGUGGAUGUAGCUGAGAGCCUGAAGACAAUGCAGGAGCAGUUGCAUUGCUGUGAUGACAUGCUGAAACAAUGGGUUGUUGAUGUCAAGCAGUGGGCCAGUAGCAGAAGCGCAGGUCCUGUUGAUGCUCAAAGUUUGCAGAUCACAAUCGAAGCACUCUUUGUGAGCAUUUGUCAGAAAAAGCACUACCUUUACAGACAGAAUGAUCGCAACAAAAGGCGACAGAAAAUAACUCAAAAGAUAGCCCAGGAAAAGAAACGGUUGCUGGAAGACAUCCAGAGAUACAACCAACAGCCUGAUGGUGACCUUGUGGACACAGAGUUAGUUGUGCAGAAACUCUCUAACAAAGCUGCAGAGAGCAUGAUCUGGUCUUUGCAGGAACAGAACACAGACGGUGUGGACAUCCUCACAAAGAAGAAGCUCUUUGACCACGUAAUGCUUGCCUCACGACUAAAAGAGGAAAAACAGAUCCUUGUGAAGGAGAUGCUGCAGCACUGCCAGUACCUUAAGGACUCAGUGGCAAAGGUCCAGACACUGAUGGGCACUGUUUUAGUGAGCACACAGACAGGAAGCUUGCCAAAUGGAUUAACCGAGGAGGGGUCCAAGGGCCUCAUCAGUGCACUAAAAAGAAGACUGCAAGACCUGAGACUCCAACAGCAGACCAUAGCAGGCACCUACAGAUGCACUCUUAAACCAAGUAACAGGCUGGUGGAAGAGGAGGACAGGGAAAUGGAAGAAGACAUGGACUGGCAACGUGGCAACAGCUCGGAUGAUGAUGAUAGUGAUGAGGAGGAGGAUGCAGCGAAUUGAAUUCAAGUCACUUGGAUCUGAAUCACUCAGUCACAGCUGUAAUCGCCUGAGACCUAACUUGAUAUACUGUAAUGUAUACUGUGUGUUCUCUCCCUUUGAUCUCUACCUGUAAUGGCCCAGGCGAGUCAAUUGCAACAAAGGCUGCCUCCAGAGCAUGACUGCAGCAGAGCACAGAGCAUUAUUUGUAAAUGAGUGGUAGAACAUAACACUUAACUUAUAACAUGGGUGAGUUGGUGACCAAGCUAACGUUUUCGGGUUUUUGUUUUAGAUUCACUGUUAGGUAAGGGAGCGCGCUGGCUCCGCCUUCCCAUUGCGGGGAGGGCCAGCUG